CCUUUGAUGUUUGAACGUCUCAGCAUCAAUGGUGUAGCCCAGCUGCAUCGCUUGCACGCUAUAUUUGGCUUUCCUAAUGCCUUGUAUUUUCCGCGUGAGGUGCGUAUAAGCGGGAAGACCCGUCAACCCGAAUAUGUCGAAGCUCCUGCCCCAAGUUUCGCCCCUAGUCCUUUCAUCUCUUGGACGCCAUCUCCGCCAAGCCGAACUCAUCAGCUUCCCAGAAUCUGUGUACGGCGAAUCAAAAAUCGUGUGUGCACCACCAUGGAUCGAAUCUAGAAUUCCAGCUCUUCUACGUCCGCUCCGCAAACUCGUUUCCCUGACUAUGAUCUAUGUGCAGUUCAAAUCUUUGACACAGCUCCUUAACAUUAUUCGUAGCCUACCUCAGAUCCGAGAUCUCCACCUCAAGCGAGUGGAGAUCCUGCAGGCCCCUCGACACUUCUUCUGGCCACCAUCGGUCGUUCUGACAGAGCUGCAGAUAUUCCGAUUAGAAGAGUGCCGGGUACCCACACAUGUAAUUCCGGCAUUAAUCUCGCUCGGAAUCCAAGGCAAGCCAAGCUUCAUCUCUUCGCCCGCUACCCCCUCGCGACACCUUCGACAAUUGAACGGAAUCUUAUUGCACUACGACGAUGAGGACGCCAUCUUGCAAAUAGCUUACGCUCUAGAAUAUCUGCCCACAUUUUUUGGUGAUAAUACGAGGCCAACGCUAUGGAACCUGACUCUUGAUGGCAAGCAGGAGGAAUCAGUCACCCAGUACCUGAAAGGUAUGGUCCAUCGAGU